CCAGUGGGGCUGACAGCUUUAGCAGCCCUCUUUGCUAUCAGCCGGAAGGGAAGAGUCCAAACCAAGGAUGUUCAGAUGGGUUUUUAAGCACAAGGAGCUGGGAGCAACAAGCUGCAGCCUCUAAUCAGCACUCAGCACUCACCAGGGGGUUAAAAUGCUGAUCACUGUAACACCACCUUAUGAGCCAGCAUCCCUCCAUCCACAAAUUCCACCCCCUGCCAUACUUCCGAAACCCGGGAAGGACAAUCUUAGGCUCCAGAGACUCUUGAAGAAAGUUGCAAAGCAGAAUGCACCACUAGCCUCCCAGCAAGCCAAAUCGUUCCGGUCCAACCUCUCCCCAGUGAGCGAGGCCAGCCCAGACCUAGAGCACAGCGAGCGCUCGUCUCCGCGGAAGACCCCAGAAACGUUGACGCACAUCACCAUCCGCCUCCCUCCCCGGUUCUCCAUCAAGCCAGUCAUCCACCACGUCUCAUCUCCUUUCCCAAAGGCCAAGCCGUUCACGCUCAAAGUAACCGAGCAGAGGAGAAUUUCUGAACACCUCAAGCUCUCGGUCUCUCCAGCAGCAUCCCCUGUGCACAGGCAGUCCCCAUGGCAACCAAAAGGGAUGACAAAACCAGACAUGCCCACCCAGCUGCCCUCUCCACAGGCACAUUCUGUAUUCAUUUUCCCUGACCCUCCUGUUUCCAUCUCACCUGUCAUAGAAGCCCCAGUGGAGGUUACUCAUGUCACCAAAGUGCAAGCGCAUGUCCAUAGUGUGCAGGCACCCAGAGCGAAGACCCCCUUACCCGACCAGUUGUCUACAGCCCUCAGCAGUGAGGACAUGCAGCCUUCGGCAACCAAUACAGACAAAAGCCACUCAGAGCCACCUGCACAACCGGCACCAGUUACUGUCAAUGCUGAUGAGACUGGAACUGCUACUCCCAAAUCAAAGGACCCCAUGCUUCCCACCAUGACAGCAGAGCCCCCCUACAAAACAUUUAAGACUUCAACUCCCAGAGAGCCUGUUGGGACUGCUUUCCCCAGUCCUCAGGUGCUGGAUCCCCAAUUCAGUAGACCAGAAACCCCAGGAAGUGAUAGAGCAAGAUCCAGAACAGAGUGGGUUUCUGAACUUCCUGAGCCACACAGCAAAAGCCUAAGGCCAAUGACUCCCCAUACAGCUCAGAAGCAAGAGGCCACAGUGCCAACUGAGAAUAUAAGGGCUUUCUCCACAGAAGCAAAGGAAGAGCUGGUCAUUCCCCCACAGCCAACAGCCACCAUUCCCAGUGCCAGUCCUUUCCCCAAAGCCGAGUCUCCACCACCAUCUGUGGAGAAGGCCAGACCUCUUACAGCCAAGCUUAGUGGAUGGUCUCGCCUCAAGAAGCACUUGACCGUGGAACCAGAGGGGCCCCAAUUCCCAGAAACCGAGCCAGCCAAGCCUGAACAGGAGGAAGCAGGAAGUAAAGCAGAAGGCUCUCAAGGUAAUGUCAGCCAAGACAACAGGCUGAUUAAAUCAAGGGCCACCAAAAUGUGGGACGCCAUUUUAUAUCAGAUGACAGCCCUCAAGAGGAGAAAGCAACAAGAGGAAGAAAAAGGGAUAAGGAAAGAGGAGGGAUUCUCAUUCCGGUGCCACUUGCCUCUUCUCCACAGACCACGUUUUGAUGCCCGGAAACUGAAGGAGCUAGCUUCCAAACCCAUGACAAAGAUCACCACCAUGUUAGAGUCAAGCCUGCUCCACCGCAAGACACCUGAGGAGCCCAAGAAUUUUAACAGGACUGCAUCAGGGUGGCAGCUCAAGUGAAGCCAGCUGAAUUCCUCUCAGCAACAAGCUCUCUCAGGCCUCCUUCAAGGUGCUGCCUGAGUUCUGAGCAGGAAAGUGCCUUUUAUAGCCAGAUUUUCCUGCAGCAUGGAGGCCAAAUGUGAGAAAAAGAUAAAUAAAAUCCUUCACAGACAGCAACUUUAUGCUGAGGGCUUUAAGGGGUUAUUAUGACUGUACACUACAUAUCUGUAGUGUAUAUAUCUGUAGUGCAUGCACACACCUCCAGAGUAGCUUGAGCAUCCAAGAAGAACAGCUCUAUAUCUAUAUGCAGCUUCAUUUAAAAUAUUCCAAUUGGAGAUCAGGCUACAAAACCAAACAAGGGACCCAGGAAAAGCAGUGAAGUGACCUGUAAUAAACCUCCAAUGUAGAGGCA